AUGGAAAGCAAAGAUCAGAAGAAACUUCAAAUAGCCAUGUUCCCAUGGCUAGCCUACGGCCACCUAAUGCCAUUUCUCGAGGUCUCCAAGUUCUUGGCUCAAAAGGGUCACCAAAUCUCCUUCAUCUCCACCCCCAAAAACAUCAAUCGCCUCCGAUCCUCCUCCUUUUCCCCGCUCAUCGAUUUCGUCGAGCUUCCUCUCCCCGCUGUCGACGGCUUACCGGAAUCCGUCGAGUCCACCUCCGAGCUACCAAUCAACAAAGUCCCUUACCUCAAAAAAGCAUACGACUUGCUCAAGCCUUCAGUCAUGCAUUUCAUCCAGCACUCGGGAGUCAACUGGGUCGUCCAUGACUUCAUUUGCUACUGGAUGCCCAGGGUCGCCACUCAGCUGGGAGUCAACUCGGUCUACUUCAACAUCACCAACGCCACUACCUUGGCUUUCUUCGGUCCUCCGUCCGAGUUACUCGGCAAUAAACGCAGGGGGCCGGAGGACUUUACGGUCGUCCCCGAGUGGGUCGACUAUCCUUCCAACGUUGCUUUUAAAUUGCAUGAGAUGGUGACCCACUGGGAUUGCAUGGGCGACGAGGUCUCCGAUUUUCAGAGACUCGGGCGUACGAUUCAAGAUUGUAAUUUUGUGACUAUGCGGAGCUGCACCGAGUUCGAAUCUGACGCAGUGAGUCUGCUCAGGAAGAUCUACGGCAAACCAGUUGUUCCACUCGGGCUGCUGCCGCCGGUCUCAGCGCCGCAACAGCACGGCGUCGCUGACGAUCGAGGGGAUGAGACGUGGGAAGUGCUGAGAGGUUGGCUCGAAAAUAAGAAACCGAACUCGGUGGUUUACAUCGCCCUCGGCACCGAGGUGACUCUGAGUCAAGAGUUGAUGCACGAGUUGGCACAUGGGAUGGAGAAAUCCGGGUUGCCUUUUAUUUGGGUGGUCAACAAUCGCCCGUUAGUGGAAGGCUUGUUGGGCUCCGAUAUAAUUCCACUCGGAUUUGAAACCCGAGUAGAGAAUCGAGGCUUGGUCUUGAGAGGUUGGGCUCCACAACUUAAUAUUCUAGGUCAUAUCUCGGUUGGGGGUUUCCUUACCCAUUGUGGUUGGAGUUCAGUUGUCGAGGCACUAGGGUACGGGCGGGCUUUGAUUUUGUUUUCAGGUGCUAAUUCAGACCAAGGGUUAAUCUCUAGACUAAUGCACGAUAAGCGGGUUGGGUUGGAGAUACCGAGGGACGAGCAAGAUGGGUCGUUUACGAGUGACUCGGUGGCCGAGUUGACAAGGCGAGUGAUGGUGGAGAAAGAAGGUGAGUCCAUAAGGUCAAAUGCAUGGGCCAUGAAGGAGAUAUUUGGCAACGUAGAGUUGAACAACAAGUGCUUGGAUGAGUUCACUGGGGUCCUUGAAACUUGGCCCACUUCCUCCUAG